AUGUUUUUCUGUGUCUUUCUCAUCGUUCCUUUCGUCGGUGGGGUAUUCGGCGAGGUUCGAUACUCUAUCCCGGAGGAAAUGAAACAAGGUUCUGUCAUCGGUAACUUGGCAAGGGAUUUGGGACUUGACGUCUCCGAACUGGGGAAGCGCAAGGCUCGCGUCGUGGCCGAGGGAAGUAAACAGUACUGUGAACUCAGCACAGAAACUGGCUCUUUGCUUGUGAGCGAAAGGAUGGACAGAGAAGAGCUGUGUGCUCAGGCGGCUGUCUGUGUCGUCCAGUUUCAGUUGCUCCUGGAAAACCCGCUUAAAGUCUACAGUCUUAUUUUGGAUGUUCAGGACAUAAACGACAACAGUCCCGUGUUCACCAACAGAGAAAUAGAGCUGGAAUUAGUGGAGUCUACUAUUUUGGGAAGACGGUUCCCGCUGGAGAGCGCGCGGGACCCUGACAUGGGCAGCAAUACGAUUAAAAAUUACAGACUCAGUCCAAACGAUCAUUUUGUUUUAGAGAUGAAUAAACAAGUAAAUUCCAAUGCCUACCCAGAACUGGUUCUUAAAAAAUCACUGGACCGCGAGACACAGUCGGACUAUUAUUUGACCAUCAGUGGGAUUGACGGCGGAAAUCCUCCUCGCUCUGGGACUGCUUCGAUUCACAUUCACGUGCUGGACGCCAAUGACAACGUUCCCGUUUUCAGUCAGAGAAUUUACAAAGCCUCGGUGGCUGAAAACUCUCCCCCGGGCACUUUGGUAACAAAAAUAAACGCCACGGACCUGGACGACGGUGUUUAUGGAGAAGUAACAUAUUCUUUCAGUCACGUGUCGGACAAAACUCGCGGGGUAGUUGAAAUUGACGGGGUCACGGGUGAAGUGAGGGUUAUCGGCUUAAUGGAUUACGAAGACGUGAGUGUACACGAGCUAGACGUCCAGGCUAAGGAUGGCGGGGGACAGUCCUCUCACAGCAAACUGAUUAUCGACGUUAUAGAUUUGAAUGACAAUUCCCCCGUGAUCUCGGUGAAGUCAGCCUCCUCCUCCGUGCCAGAGGACUCGCCGCCGGGAACCAUGGUAGCGUUGUUGAACGUGUAUGAUUUAGACACGGGCUCCAGUGGUCGUGUCACUUGUCACAUUAGCGACAAUGUCCCCUUUAGACUGGUAUCAGAGGUGAAAAAUUAUUUCAUGCUUGUGACAGAUGAUGUUUUGGACCGAGAAACACACGCUGCUUUUAAUAUAACGAUUACAGCAGUGGACUCUGGAUCCCCACCUCUGUAUAGCAGUAAGGUGAUACCCAUAACAGUCUCUGAUGUGAAUGACAAUGCCCCUGUGUUCUCCCAAGAACUGUACACUGUCACCAUCCCUGAGAACAAGCCUCAAGGCACGCCUGUUAUUCGGGUCGCGGCUCAGGACAAAGAUUUCGGGUCAAAUGCUAAAAUCCACUACUCACUGCAGCUGAAGGACGCAGACCCGGCCACCGCCGCUCUCCUGUCAAUCAACGCAGAGACGGGGGAGAUCUUCACCUCCCUCCCCUUUGACUACGAGACAGCCAGCCACUUCCAGACGGUGGUCAGGGCGUGCGACAUGGGCAAUCCCUCCCUUUGCAGCAACUGCAACGUUCGAGUCUUCGUCAGCGACCAGAACGACAACGCGCCCGUGAUCCUCUACCCGGUGCAGUCCUCCAAUUUCAUUGCGGAGGACCGGGUCCCGCUGGCGGCCCCCAAGGGUUACCUGGUGACCAAGGUCGUCGCCGUGGAUGCCGACGCGGGCCACAACGCCUGGCUGUCCUACCGUAUAAUCAAGGCCACCGACACCGAGCUCUUCUCCGUGGGCCUCCACUGCGGCGAGAUCCGCACCCUGCGCCAGUUCUACGAGGACGACGAGGCCAAACACACGCUGGAGGUGCUGGUGGAGGACAACGGGCCGCAGGCUCUGUCCGCCACGGCGACGGUGAGCAUCGCCCUCGGCGACAGCCUUCCCGUGGUGGACGAGAUGUCGGACUUCGGGGAGGAUGAGUCGUCAUCGUCUGUCAUCAACGGCAUCAGCCAGGAGGACCUGGUCUUCUACCUGAUCGUGGCGCUGGCCUCCGUGUCGGGCCUGCUGCUGCUACUCAUCACCUCGGUGGUCUACGUCAAGCUUUGCCGUCGCCGGAGCUUCUACCGCGGCGGUCGCGCCUCCAACCUGCCCGUCUUCCCGCCCACCUACGGCGGGCCGCCCCACUAUUCCGACGUGAGCCGCUGGGGCACCCUGGACGACGACUCACGCUACAACUCCUUCAUGACCACGGGCUCGUGGAGGGGCGACUUCAGGUUCAGCUCCGGGUCUGGAGGUGGCGGCGGCAGCGGGGUUGGGAGCCUCGGUGGUGGCAGCAGCGGUGGCGGGGGCAUGGGCAUCAUGGACUAUGACAGCAUGAACAAGAGGAGCCUGCCCCUGCCUAAGAACGACUCUCUGGUGCGCCUGACCACCACCAGCAGCAGUAGCGGCGCCAGUGUCAAAGGUCACCGGAGCCGUCCGCCACUGCCACGCAAACUCUAA